ACUAACGGUUUGGGGGAGAUUAUUAACUCCUCAUAUACUGGUGGGUGCUUCUUUAGCACAUGUUAAAUCUUUCUCCAAGCCCGUUGAAAAAGAUUUUGUCAUUUAUCCCUCCAGUAACAUGACGGGGCGUAAAUAAGAGCGGAUUCCAGCUUUUGAGCAGUCAAUCAAGGAGAAUGGUUUCUUCAGCCUGAUGUUAAUUUGAGAAGGUGGAGUUUUUCAGGCACUCCAGUGAAGGCAGCAGGGGAAAUAAAUUAUUUCCAGUCGCUGCAUUUCAUGCUUGAUCGGCUCCCGGUUCCAGUCAGUCAGUGCAGUGCUCCAACUGUAAAAGGUGCGGUGAGACAGGUUUUGCCCUCCUGAAACAAAGUUAACAAAAAAAAACAGGACAAGGCUGGAAGGCACGUGGGAGGGGUGCCGGAAAGUGGAAUGGAAUAUGCUCUGAGCGAGAUGUGUUUGAGAGCUGUAUUGCAGCGCAUGAAGCUGAUGUAUUAGAAUGCAGUAGAAACAGCUGACAGCUGGCAGUUUCUACAGUUCCUGGCUUAUGACUUUCCCAACAGAAGCUUCCUGACAUUAAACUUGUAAUCUCUUUAGUACAGCACGGGGAGGAAAAAAGAACUCUCAUUCACAAGAGUUGUCUUCCUUCCCAACGAGAGGGAAUACGGAGAGGAGAGGAAGAGAGAAAACUAUGGAUAAAAAGAACUGCUUUAACACUUGGACUUUGCUGCUUCUGGUUGGAAUAUUGUCGCCAGAUCUCGUGCGUGGUUCUGGGGGGUUCUCUCCGAGGUUUGCCCCGUUCUUCUUCCUGUGCACCCAUCACGGAGAACUGGAGGGCGACGGGGAGCAGGGAGAGGUGCUGAUGUCGCUUCACAUUGCGGGAAACCCAGGGUAUUAUGUAUCUGGUCAAGAAUAUCACGUGACAAUUUCCACCAGCACGUAUUUCGAUGGUCUCCUCGUGACAGGUCUCUACACGUCCACCAGUGUCCAAGCCCCGCAAACGAUCAGCAAUGCUGGCUCACUUGGUCUUGGGUUCAUGUCCGACAAGCCUUUCGGAUCUCAGUUCAUGUGCAGUGUGGUGGCUUCCCACGUCAGCCACCUCCCGCAGACCAACCUCAGCUUUGUGUGGAUCGCUCCGCCCGCAGGCACAGGCUGCGUCAACUUCAUGGCCACAGCCACACAGAAGGGUCAGAUCAUAUUCAAGGACGCCCUGGUUCAACAGCUUUGUGAGGAAGGAGCUCCAACUGAAUCACCCCUUCGGCCCAAGUUGGCUGAAGUCCACGGAUCCAAUCUUAUUCUUCGGGAUGACUUUGAUUCAUAUCCACAAAUGGAACUCAAUCCUGACGUAUGGUUCGAAUGCAGCCACUGUGCGGUGGGAGGCCAGUGUGGUUCCAUCAUGCACGGCCACGCAGUUUCCUUUUGUGAGCCAUACGGGGCACGAGAGCUGACCACUGUUUUGCUUAAUACAACCACAGCAUCUGUUCUGCAGUUCUCUAUUGGGUCAGGAACGUGUCGGUACAGCUACACCGAUCCCAGUAUCAUCGUAUCCUACACCAAGAACAACUCCGCAGACUGGUUUGUCCUGGAGAAAAUCAGGGCUCCUUCCAACACCAGCACGGUCAUCCACAUCAUCUACCUACCCCAAGACGCCAAGGGUGAAAAUAUCAAAUUUAAAUGGAAACAAGAGUUCCUUCUGGCGAGUGACAUGUAUGAGGCCUGCUGGGCCCUGGAUAACAUCCUGAUCAUCAACGCUGCCCACAAACAAGUGCUCCUGGAAGACAAUCUAGAUCCGGUUGACACGGGCAAUUGGCUCUUUUUCCCCGGAGCCACCGUCAAGCAUAGCUGUCAGUCUGACGGCAAUUCCAUGUAUUUCCACGGGAAUGAGGGUACCGAUUUCAACUUCGCAACAACCAGGGAUGUUGAUCUUUGGACUGAAAGCAUCGUCACACAGUGGGUGGAAGGAUUUGAGAGUCAGCCUGCAGGCUGGGAUAUAUCAGGAGCUGUCAUUGGCACUGAGUGCGGGAAACUGGAAUCCGGUUCAUCUCUCGUGUUUCUCAAGGACGGAGAGCGAGGCUUGUGCACACCCUUUCUGGACACCACGAGUGAUGGAAACCUCAGGUUUUAUUUUGUCAUGGGGGGUGGCUCUUGCGAUUCAGGGGAAUCACAUGAAAAUGACGUCACACUCUACGCCAAGGUGGAAGGCAGAAAAGAACACAUUCUGGAAUUGUUGCCCUUCUCAUCCUAUCGGAAACCCACCCUGGUUUCCAUCGCUAUCCCCCCAGAGCUGCAGACUCUGGCUACCAAGUUCUGCUUGAGACAGAAGAGUCACCAAGGACUGAGGAGGAACGUGUGGUCGGUGGACUUUUUCCACAUUCUACCCGUCAUUCCGCCGUCAGCUUCCCACUUAAUAGAGUUUUCCAUCAAUAUGGGCUGUGGAUCACAUCAACCAGGAAACAGCAUAAGUUUGGAAUUCUCCACCAACCACGGGCGUUCCUGGUCCCUGCUCCACAUGGAGUGCCUGCCUGUUCUGUGCUCGGGGACACACCUCCCUCACAGCACCAUCUACUCGUCUGAAAACUACAGUGGGUGGAGUCGUAUAACUAUCCCUCUGCCAUACGCAGCACUAACCACUGAGACCAGGUUUCGUUGGAGGCAGACAGGCUCGACUACAGGAAACAUGUGGGCAGUCGACAAUGUCUAUAUUGGGCCUGCGUGUUACAAGCUGUGCUCUGGUCGAGGUCGAUGCUCUGUUUCAGGAUGCAAGUGUGACCCAGGAUUCUCAGGGCCAGGCUGUGACAUGGCCUCCCAGACUUUUCCAACCAUCAUUUCCGAAAGCUUCAGCAGCUCCCGACUCUCUUCCUAUCAUAACUUCUACUCGAUCCGUGGGGCUGAGCUUGGCUUCGGCUGUGGCGUCCUCUCCAAUGGCAAAGCUCUCGUGUUCAACAAAGAUGGCAAGCGUCUCCUCAUCACCACUUUCCUGGACAGUACUCAAGCCAGGUUCCUCCAGUUCACUCUUCGUCUGGGCAGCAAGUAUGUUCUGAGCACGUGCAAGCCCCCCGACCAGCCAGGAGAAGGGGUCCUUCUGCACUAUUCUUCCGACAACGGGAUCACAUGGAACCUGCUGCAGCACUACUCCUAUCAGAAUUACCACGAGCCACGGAUUAUCUCUGUGGAGCUGCCCGAGAAAGCACGUAAGUUCGGUAUCCAGUUCCGAUGGUGGCAGCCAUACCACUCCGGCCAGGACGAAGACGUUUGGGCCAUUGAUGAGAUUUCUAUGACGUCCGUCCUGUACAACAGCAUCGCUCUCAACUUCACCAACCUUGUGGACGUCACUCAGUCUCUGGGCUUCUACCUGGGUAAUGUCCAGCCUUAUUGCAGCCACGACUGGACCCUCAGUUUCAACGGAGAUUCCAAAACAAGCUCCAGCAUGCGCUACGUCGAGACACAGUCCAUGCAGAUCGGGGCUUCCUACAUGCUGCAGUUCAACUUGGUGAUGGGCUGUGGGAAACCCUUCACACUGCAUGUGGAUAACCAGAUCAGGCUGGAGUACUCCACAAACCACGGGCUGACCUGGCACCUUGUACAGGAGGAGUGUUUCCCCAGUAUGCCCAGUUGCCAGGAAUUCACCUCAGCCAGUGCCUACCAUUCCUCUGCAUUCUCUCACUGGAGGAGAGUAACUGUGCCUCUGCCACAGAAAACAUGGUCAAGUGCGACACGAUUCCGCUGGAGCCAGAAUUACUACACUCCUCAAGAUGAAUGGGCUUUAGACGAUAUUUACAUUGGCCAACAGUGUCCUGAGAUGUGCAAUGGCCAUGGCUGGUGUUACGAUGGAGUCUGCAAAUGUGACCCAGGGUACGGGGGUUUAGUCUGUACACCAGAGUCAACGCUGUCCUCAACGGUGAUGUGCGACUUUGAGAAUGAAACUGCAAUGAGGAACGACUGGCAGGAGGUCAUUGGCGGAGAAAUUGUUAAACCAGAACAAGGCUGUGGAGUCAUCUCCUCAGGGUCAUCUCUCUACUUCUUCAGGCACGGGGUGAGGCAACUGGUCAGCUGGGACCUGGACACCCAGUGGGUGGACUUCAUCCAGUUCUAUAUCCGUAUCGGAGGGACCACUGGCUCCUGUAACCUGCCCGACAGCAGAGAGGAGGGAGUCUUACUGCAAUACAGCAACAACGGUGGCAUAACCUGGCACCUGCUCUCAGAAAUGUACUUCUCGGACUUCAGUGAAUCCAGAUUUGUCUACUUUGAGGUGCCUACGGCGGCUCGCACGGCCUACACUCGUUUCCGCUGGUGGCAGCCGGUGCACUCAGGCGAGGGGUACGAUCAGUGGGCCCUCGACGAUAUCAUCAUUCUGUCAGGGCGGCAGAAACAGAUCAUCCCUGUCAUCACACCAACCAUCCAGCAGGACUACACAUCCUCCUACGAUAUCCCACUGAGCCAGCUGAGCAUUUGGUUGAUGUUGGCCAAUGAAGGAAUGGGCAGCAAUGAGACGUUCUGCGCCAUGACCCACUCGGCCAUGGUGUUUGGCAAAUCUGACGGGGAUCGGUUUGCCGUCACCCGAGACCUGUCUCUGAAGCCUGGAUAUUUACUUCAGUUCAAGCUAAACAUUGGGUGCCAGCGCCAGUUCAGCAGUGCCACUCCCGUUUUCCUCCAAUAUUCUCACGACGCUGGUCGAUCCUGGUCACUGGUAAAGGAAGGCUGUUACCCCGCGUCUCCGGGUGUUAAAGGCUGUGAAGGAAGCUCGAGGGAACUGAGAGAGCCAACAGUUUUCUACACAGGAGACUAUGAAACUUGGACAAGAAUUACUGUCAUUAUCCCAAGAUCCGUUGCAUCCAGCAAGACCCGAUUCCGUUGGAUUCAGGAGACCAGCAUUUAUAGGGGUGCUCCUGCCUUUGGCCUGGAUGAAGUAUAUAUCUCUGAACCUUGUUAUAAUUACUGCAGUGGACAUGGUGACUGCAUUUCCGGGGUCUGCUUCUGUGAUCUUGGUUACACUGCUGACCAGGGGACGUGUGUACCGACCGUGCCAAACCCCAGUGAAAUGAUUGAUCGCUUUGAGGAUAAGCUCAGCCCUCUUUGGGCCAGAGUGACAGGGGGAGUGACUGGCACGGGCUGUGGCGUCCUGAAUGAUGGGAAGUCGCUCUACUACAGCGGAUCUGGGGGAAGAGAAGCCAGAACCGCAAGUCUGGAUACAACAAACAUCAGGUUGGUUCAGUUUUACAUCCAAAUUGGAAGCAAAACAUUUGGCUCCUCUUGCGGCAAGCCUAGAGACAGGAACGAAGGCAUUGUUGUGCAGUACACAAACGACAAUGGAGUAACCUGGUCCCUUCUGCGGGAGCUCGAUUACAUGUCUUUUCUGGACCCUCAGAUCAUCACCAUUGAACUACCUCCAGAAGCCAAAACCCUGUCGACGGCAUUUCGCUGGUGGCAGCCACAACAUGGAAAGCUGGGUGCCCAGUGGGCCUUGGAUGACGUCCUAAUUGGGAUGAAUGACAGCUCGCUCACUGAUUUCCAGGACGCCUUCAAUGAUUCCACUGACCUGCAAACCAACUGGUACAGAAUUCAAGGGGGUCGAGUGGACCAGUACUGCCUCUCAAAGGACACAGCACUGUUUUUCAGCGCUGAUAUUGGUAAGCCCCGUUUUGCGGAGACGUGGGACUUCCAUGUCACUGUCUCCAGCUUCCUGCAAUUUGACCUGAACCUGGGCUGUGGGAGUCAUUCCCCGGAUUCACACGGCAUCGAGCUGCAGUACUCUCUGAACACAGGCAAAGACUGGCACCUAGUGAUCGAGGAGUGCGUUCCCCCAAGCAUCGGCUGCCUGCAUUACACAGAGAGCUCCGUCUACACCUCACAGAGGUUCAAAAACUGGAAACGAGUCACUGUUUACUUGUCUCCAGGAACCAUUUCCCCUAGGACACGAUUCAGAUGGAUUCAAACUGAAUACACUUAUGGGACUGAUAACUGGGCCAUUGAUAACGUGAUCCUAGCCUCUGGAUGUCCCUGGAUGUGUUCCGGCCAUGGCAUUUGUGACAUAGACCGCUGUAUCUGUGACAGUGGCUUUGGAGGACGUAACUGUGUGCCCAUUCUGCCAUUGCCUUCCAUUCUGAAGGAUGACUUCAACGACAAGCCACACACUGACCUCUGGCCUGAAGUCCUCGGAGGGGAGAGAGGGAAUCUGAACGGGGAAAUCAUCAAAUCUGGAUCAGCAUUAAUCUUUAAAGGGGAUCGCCUCAGGAUGUUGGUUUCCCGGGAUCUUGAGUGUACCAAUACCUUGUACAUUCAGUUUUCAUUCAAGUUCAUUGCAAAAGAGGUUCCAGACAGGUCGCACUCCAUCCUGCUGCAAUAUUCCAUCAACGGUGGCAUUACCUGGCAUUUGAUGGACGAAUUCUACUUCCCUCAGACCACCGAAGUCCUCUUCAUUAACGUGCCCUUACCACACACAGCCCAGACCAACGCCACCAGGUUCCGUCUCUGGCAGCCACACAACGACGGGAAUAAGGAAGAAAUCUGGAUUAUAGACGACCUGAUUAUCGAUGGGAAUAACAUACAAAAUCCUGGUAUUCUGUUGGAUACGUUCGACUUUGGACCGAAAGAGGAAAACUGGCUCUUCUACCCAGGGGGAAACAUUGGGCUGUACUGUCCCUACGCAUCAAAGGGAGUAGCGGAGGAGGAUUCUGCCAUGGUCUUUGUAUCCAAUGCAGUCGGAGAGCAUUCCAUCACAACACGCGAUCUGGACGUUAACGAGAAUACCAUUGUUCAGUUUGAGAUCAAUGUGGGAUGCAAUAUGGACAGUUCGGCCCUGGAUCCCGUCCGGCUGGAGUUCUCGAGGGAUUUCGGAGCCACGUGGCACUUGCUGCUCCCUCUGUGUUACAGCAGCGGGCACAUCAGUGCACUCUGCUCCACUGAGCUGCACCCCAGCAGCACCUAUUACGCUGGCACCACCCAGGGCUGGAAGAGAGAAGUCAUCCACUUCGGAAGGCUCCAUCUCUGUGGCUCUGUGAGGUUCCGAUGGUACCAAGGUUUCUACAGGAUGGGCUCCCAGCCAGUGACCUGGGCCAUUGACAAUACCUACAUUGGACCCCAGUGUGAGGAGAUGUGCAAUGGGCAUGGCAGCUGUAUCAAUGGCACAAGGUGCAUCUGUGACUCCGGAUACUCUGGACCUACCUGCAAAACCAGCUCCAAGAACAUCGACUUUCUGAAGGGAGAGUUUCAAGGCCCAGUGGAGCCAGAGAAAUUCCUGAUGUUGAGCGGUGGGAAGCCCUCCAGGAAAUGUGGCCUAAUGUCCAGCGGAAACAGCCUGUUCUUCAGUGAAGAGGGACUGCGAAUGCUGAUGACAGUCGAGAUGGAUCUGUCUCAAGCAAGGUUUGUCCAGUUCUUCCUCAGACUGGGCUGUGGCAAAGCAUCCCCAGACCCGCGAAGCCAGCCCGUGCUUCUCCAGUACUCCCUGAACGGUGGUCUCAGCUGGGGCCUCUUCCAGGAGUUUCUCUUCAGCAACAACAGCAACGUUGGCAGGUACAUCGCCCUGCACAUCCCACUGAAGGCUCGGUCCUCGUCCACACGCCUGCGCUGGUGGCAACCAUCUGAGAACGGACACUUUUACAGCCCCUGGGCCAUCGACCACAUUGUGAUCGGGGGGAGCAUUACUGGCGACACAGUGAUGGAGGACGACUUCAGCCGGCUGGACAGCAGGAAGUGGCUGCUCCACCCGGGAGGUACCAAGAUGGCCGUCUGUGGCUCCAGCGGGGACUCCCUGGUGUUUAUUGAGAAAGCCUACACUCGCUAUCUGAUCUCCACUGACGUGGUGGUGAACGAGGAUUCCUUCCUGCAGUUUGACUUUGCCGCCUCCUGCUCUGUAACAGACUCCUGCUACACCGUGGAGCUGCAGUAUUCGGUGGACUUGGGCCUGAGCUGGCAUCCUCUGCUGAAGGAUUGUCUACCCAGCAACGUGGAAUGUAACAAAUACCAUCUGCAGAGGAUCCUGGUAUCAGAUACCUUCAACAAGUGGUCCAGGAUCACACUGCCACUACCUCCUUAUACCAGGUCCCUGGUGACCCGUUUCCGAUGGUAUCAGCAGGCGCCAUUUGAGAAGCAGCAGACAUGGGCUUUAGACAACGUCUACAUAGGCGACAGCUGUGUGGACAUGUGCACCGGGCAUGGCAGAUGCUCACAAGGCUCUUGCAUCUGUGACGAGCCCUGGAGCGGGCUGUACUGCGAUGAACCCAAGUCAGCUCUUCCCGUGCGGCUGAAAGACAACUUCAACAAAGCCCCCUCCAGCAGCAACUGGCUGACAGUCAACGGGGGAAAACUGAGCACCGUGUGUGGGUCUGUGGCCUCAGGGCUGGCUCUCCAUUUCAGCGGGGGGUGCAGUCGGCAGUUGAUUACUGUGGACCUGAACCUGACGAACGCUGAGUUCAUCCAAUUUUACUUCAUGUAUGGCUGUUUGGUUCUCCCUGGUAACCGUGACCAGGGUGUCUUCCUGGACUAUUCAGUCAACGGGGGCAUCACGUGGAACCUCUUAAUGGAAAUCUUCUACAACCAGUACAACAAACCUAGCUUCGUGAGUAUUCUCCUGCCUCCGGAGGCGAGGACACUCGGCACUCGGUUCCGUUGGCGGCAGCUGAAGCACUACGGCCACGAGCAGGGAGACUGGGCUCUGGACAACGUGCUGAUCGCCGGCUCGGCCAGCGAGAGGACCUUCAUGUUGGAUACGUUCAGCCCUGUGCCCAUCCCACUGCACGAUCGCAGCCCCUCAGACAGUGGCCCCAUGGGCAGGGUCGCCUUCAUGUUUGAGGAGGAACCCAUGGUUUACGAGGUGAACGAGCAAUGGAUGUUCCACGACGACUGCCUGGUGGAAAGGUUCUGCGACUCACAGGAUGCAGUUAUGGUCUGCGGCAGUCAGGAUGGCAGGGAAGUCCAUGCAACCACCUACGACCUGACGCCCAGCGAAGGCUGGAUUAUGCAGUUCAAGAUUUCCGUAGGCUGCAGAAGUACAGAGAAGCUGGUUCAGAAUCAAGUUCACAUUCAGUAUUCCGUGGAUUUUGGAGUGACAUGGCGCUACCUGGUGUCCCAGUGUCUGCCCGCUGACCCCCAGUGCUCCAGCACCAACUCACAACCCUCCGCCUUCUUCCCUGCCAAGGGGUGGAAAAGAGUUAUAUACCCACUGCAGGAAAACCUGAUGGGCAAUGCUGCCAGGUUCCGCCUGUAUCAGAAGUACUCGGACACGCAGUGGGGGAUCGAUAACUUCUACGUAGGACCCGCCUGCCCAGACAACUGCAGAGGGCACGGAGACUGCCUGAACAGACAGUGUUUCUGUGACCCCGGUUUCACAGGCCCAAACUGCUACCUGAGCCACUCUCUCAAGACUUCACUGAAGGAGCGUUUUGAGACUGAUGAUCUGAAGACAAAUGUGUGGAUGUCCCUGGAAGGUGGGAGCCCCUGUACAGACUGCGGACUCCUGGUAGAAGACCUGCCCCUGUAUUUCAGCGGGGCUGGCAUGAGGCAGGCAAUAACUGCAGACCUGGAUCUCAGGGGUACAAAGUUUGUGCAAUACUGGGCAAGGAUAGGCAGUGAAAACAACAUGACGACAUGUCACCGGCCAACCUGCAGGAAGGAGGGCGUUUUACUGGACUUCUCUACUGAUGGAGGAAUCACCUGGCACCUCCUGCAUGAAAUGGAUUACCAGAAAUAUAUCUCCGUCCGCCAAGAUUACGUGCUCCUCCCGGAGAACGCUCACAGUAACACGACUAGACUCCGCUGGUGGCAGCCCUUCCUCAUACUGAACGGUCAGGCAGUGUCGAGUGCAGAGCGUGCUCAGUGGGCACUGGAUAACGUCCUUAUCGGAGGCUCAGAGAUCAACCCCAGCCAACUGAUGGACUCAUUCGAUGACGAAGGUGUAAACCAUGAUGAAAACUGGACCUUCUACCCCAACGCAGUGCGCACUGCAGGUUUCUGUGGUAAUCCCUCCUUUCAUCUCUACUGGCCUAAUAAGAAGAAGGAUGAGACGUACAAUUUCCUGGAAUCACGGGAGCUUAUUGUAGCACCCGGAUAUAUCCUGCAGUUCAGAAUUGUGGUUGGCUGCGAAGUCGGUUCUUGCGGUGAACUCCAGCCAGUGUCAUUGCAGUACAGUAAGGAUGGCAGAAAAGAUUCCUGGUCACUCGUCCAGACAGAGUGCCUGCCUUCGACAAGCAACAAUGUUGGCUGUUCCCCAUUCCAGUUCCACGAGGCCAGUAUCUACAGUUCUGUCAACAGCUCUUCCUGGAGCAGGGUCACCAUCCAGCUGUCUGACUACAUCGCAUCCAGCGCCACUCAGUUCCGCUGGAUUCAGAAAGAGGGAACGACAGAGAAGCAGAGCUGGGCUAUUGACAACGUCUACAUCGGGGAGCCCUGCUCCAGGCUCUGCAGCGGACAUGGGUACUGUAGGACUGGAACCGUCUGUAUAUGUGAUGAAGGCUAUCAAGGAGACGACUGUGCUAAUCCAGUCAGUGACCUGCCCAGUUACAUCAAAGACAACUUUGAAUCUACUCGUGUUACGGAGCUGAACUGGCAGAUGAUCCAAGGAGGGCUGGUUGGCAGUGGAUGUGGGCAGCUGGUGCCCUAUGCCCAUGGGGACUCCCUGUACUUCAAUGGAUGCCAGACCAGGCAGGCAGCCACCAGAGCUCUGGAUCUGACCAGGGCCAGCAAAAUCAUGUUUGUGCUGCAGAUUGGCAGCACGUCACAGACUGCGAGCUGCAACACUGACCUGACUGAUCCCAACAUCACAGACAAAGCUGUUCUGCUACAGUACAGCAUGAACGGUGGGAUCACGUGGCAUGUUAUUGCUCACCACCUGCCAAAGGAUUUCAUCCGCGCCCAGAGGAUAUCUUAUAAUAUACCACUAGAGGCGCGAGUUAAAGGAGUGCAGCUGCGGUGGUGGCAGGCUCGCCACAAUGGUACCGGCCGGGAUCAGUGGGCUCUGGAUCAUGUCGAGGUGGUCCUGACACGGAAGCAGAACUACAUGAUGAACUUCUCAAGGCAGCACAUGCUCCGACACUAUUACAACAGAAGGCGACGAUCUCUCCAUCGCAGCCCGUAGAGACGUGCAAGCAUCCGUCUUUACCAUCGUGUUCCGUGUAAUCCUAAUAAACAAAGCACUGUUUCUGUUAAAGGGGAAGGAAGGAGGGAGGUUU